GGACUUCACAGUUUGUACAGAAUAUCAGUGUUCUUGAAUGCACUUGAUGUGCUGCUUACCUUAACCUGACCCUAUCACCAUGUUUGUUUCCAGGCUUCAAGUCAUCAGAAUGGGUUUUCUGGUCAUGGGAUUGAGGUGCUGCGGUCCGACAUGGCUCAGAAGGCCAUAGAGGCGGGUCUGGAGCCCAGUGUGGUGGAAAAGACCAUCCUGGAGAAAAUCAGUACGACUGGCUCAGGCUACUCCGACCUGGAAGUUCUAAUGGAUGAUUGUCUCAACGACACAGCAAAGAGCGAUGCUGCCUCGUCACAGAGUCAAGAUGAGGACCCACUGGAGAAAUUAUGGAAGCUGCAGAGGGAAAAACAGUGCAAAAUAUGUAUGGACAGAGAUAUCUGUAUUGUCUUCAUUCCAUGUGGUCAUCUGGCCACCUGUAAGCAGUGUUCAGAAACGCUCAUCAAGUGUCCAAUCUGCUGUGGGGCCAUAACACAGAAGCUCAAGACCUACAUCGCCUAAGGGAAUCACAAACUCUUGCCAAACAUUAAUGCUGCUUUCGCACGAUCUCUAUAUUGUAUUUUAAUAAAUAAUGUAGAUGCCCUGUGACAUAUUUAAAGACCAUGUUGUUUGUUUGAGUAUGAGAAUAAAAUAAUGAGUCUAAACAAUCACUGAGAUGUUAAAUAGCUGUUAAUACUGAGAUGGUUUAUUAUAAAUAGUUGAUGUUGAUUUUAUAGAUAAUAGAAACUUGUAAAUACACACUAAAUAAUAAUUAUUAGCAAUGCAACCUUCUUUCUUGCCAGAGGUGCCUUUCUCUUGGUUGAUGUACUCGUGUCUUUGUGUGUGUUUUCUUUUAGGACAUUUUCCACAGGGUGAUUGAACUAGUCAUCUCAUUGUGUUUGUUUUAUACCCUUAUGUGUCCCACUUGUCUAUUUUGUCUGGCUCUUUACUAAAAUAUAUAAAUGUCGAUCCCUAACUGCCCUUUGCUGUAUAACUGACACAAUCAACUCUAAUUAGGGGCCGACAAUUAAUCGGUGAGUUGUAUUAAUCGUUUAAUCAUGCAAUCUGUUUGGUCAUCAAGAGUGAAUAAAUCGGAAUGUUUGGACUUGAAA